AUGUCUUGGAUGGACUCAUGGUCACGGCCCAAGAAGAACGCCGCCACGCCCCCUCCCCUAUACUUGACGUCAAGCGAAGUGCGAUACUGUCACGUUUGCGGACGAGUUAUUGGGUCCAGAAAAUCAAAUACUGCAAAAUCAGCAGCUACAGAAGUGAAGUUCUGCUCGGACAGAUGCAAGAGACAUAAACUCCGAUCGGUGGACAAACGCAUCGAAGCUGCCUUUGCCGCCCUUCUCGAUGGCCAGGAUGCUUCUCAAUUCGCUGCUAAGCAGCAGAAAGUCAAGGGCGAUCCUCGUAUCCUCGUGUCAUGCAGCGAGGUAGAGACUUUGAUCUUUGGCUCGCGCGAGGAUCCAGAAAAGACCUUUGGCCGCAAGAAGAACAGAGCUAGACGUGGAUUUGCGGAUGACGAUGUAUGGAAGAGUGUCGACAUGGUGGACUCAGACACCGACACUGGAACUGCAGAGACUGUUUCUGCAGAUGAAGAUACGACCGAGACUGGCGGGGGCGAUACAGAUGCAGAUGUGGUCAAGCUCAAGGGUCGUGUACGACCUCCGCAGUCAGAAUCUGAAGUCAAUGGCUCGAUUGGUGGAGAGAAGGGAUGGGCGGAGCGAAUCCAUGAAACACCCGAAAUGCUACAGAAACGAAGGGAGGGACAGAGAAGAGCGGAGGAAAAAGAGAUGGUCAAGUGUGCCGCUAGAAGAGCUGUGGUCUUUGGCCUCGAGAGCAGUAGACAGGAAGGAAAAAGGAUGUGUGAGGCGGUUAUGCACGGGGCUGUCGUCGAACCAUCCUACGCCAAAGGAGACUGGUUCAUCAGAUGGCGGGAAGAGUAG